UGAUGACCAAAUCGAUGAUGACUCGGACGCGGAGGUAGAUUACAUGUACUCCCCGUUCGGUCGUCCCCCCUCGAGAUUGGGUCACCGUGUCCUCUCUGCUGCGAGAAAGCAGAGUUCAAACAUAAGACGCAAUAAAAAUCACAUCUCCAUAGAGAGGUUAAAGGUUGAUAACUCAUUCCUAAGGAAUCAGAACGUCAAACUUUCCCUAGAACUUGAACACUCCAGAUCAACCAUUCAGGCCUUGAAAAACAUUGUCAACCAGAAAGAUUUGGUUUUGCAAAAUAUCCGUAACGAGAAUCAAAACGCCAUACUCAAGAUUAGAAUUUUGGAAACCUUGGUGAUGAGCAAGCAUGCAAAGGACGGUAGCAUCAUUCUCAGAAGUGGUGGGGGUGAAAAGGAUGGUGGCAACGUUAUGGUGGUGAAUGAAUCGGACGACAGAGCAAAGGAAUCUGUUGUUGAUUCUGUCCCGAAUAAAGAAUCGCCGUCGCCCAUGAAACAGACUCGUCAAAAGCAAACGAAACAGCCACCGCAGUCCACGUUGGUCACCCCACAACAGCCCUCAUCCAAAUCCUCAACGGAAAAUCCGCCCACCUCUCAACAACCUCAAAUAACAGCCUCGUCAUCCGACCAUCAGAAGCCACAACCAUCCCUAUCACUUUUACCCAAACGACAGAAGCAUCAGAGACGUUGGUCAAUGGAUUUUGGACCUCGCAAUUCACUAGCGAACGAGGAUGGAUCGUCGGAUGAGCUGGAAAUCACGUCUGUGUCCUCGAAUCGUCACACGGUCUCACCUAAUUCUUCAACAAUUUGCGUCAGUGGUCGGCAAUCGACGUCCUCGUCGCGCAAGGUGCCUCGACUAAUUAAACGCAAGACAGGCGACAUCAUCCAAUCAUUGGCGUCAUGUCGUCCCACAAGUACCAAAAACGGAUAUGAUUAUUCUCCACCUGCUACGCCGACGUUGGUCAGAAGUGAUACGAGCGACGAUGAAGAUGGUGAUCAGGGCGAAGAGGAAAUAGAAUGCGAGGAUAUCGACGAAAAGUUGCAAAAACAAAGAAAAUUGGGGCAACGCUUGUUCAACAGGAUAUUCUCGUCAUCGUCUUCUACGACGGCCGCCGCACGUGGACCGUUAAGUUGCUAG